AUGGUAAACUACACGUUUAUAAGGCGGUUCACUCUUAUGUUGAAACGACCAAGUGGCAAAAGUGGUUGGGGACCAUAUCGUAAUAUACGAAAAGGUGAUCAUUUUGUUGGUACUGAACCACAUCCAUUGAAGUAUCAUGUGUUGCAAGAUAAGAAACCAUCUCAUAAAUAUGGAUUGCAAGGAACACAUCAUCUACUGCCGGGUACCGGAAAAGUCAGUUCAAUAUUGCCAACUCGAACAGUUCUUAAGAAAGAUAAGAUUUAUGCUUGGUGCUCGUGCGGCUACAGUGGAACUCAGCCGCUGUGUGAUGGAAGUCAUCUUCGUUACUACAUUCCAACAAAACUACGACCUGUACGAUUCAUUCCUGAUAAAGAUAUGGAGGUGUGGUUCUGUAACUGUAAACAAACGAAAACACGCCCAUUUUGUGACGGUUCACAUCGUGAAGUUAGUGAAAAGCUCAGAAAAGCUUCUGAAGAAGAGGAGAAAAAAUAG